AUCAUCAUGUCCUCAAAUCCGGGCCCGUCUCAAGGGAAACCUAAACCGAUUACCAUUAUCACCAUUGGAAUGGCCGGCGCGGGCAAGUCAACGUUUGUUCAACGGAUAAACUCGUACCUGCACACCGAAAACAAACCACCAUACAUCCUUAACCUCGAUCCAGCCGUAACCCGUGUCCCAUUCGAAGCCAAUAUCGACAUCCGUGAUACGGUUAACUACCAGGAGGUGAUGAAGCAGUACAACCUCGGUCCGAAUGGUGGUAUCUUGACCGCCUUGAACUUGUUUACAACAAAGUUUGACCAGGUUUUGGGAUUAGUGGAAAAAAGAGCGGAAAGUGUCGACUAUGUCAUCCUCGACACUCCUGGUCAGAUUGAAAUAUUCACUUGGUCUGCCAGCGGUGCCAUCAUAACCGAUGCUGUCGCUUCUUCUCUCCCAACCGUUGUUGCUUAUAUCAUCGACACGCCGCGAACCACUGCUCCAGCGACCUUCAUGUCAAACAUGCUUUACGCAUGUAGCAUCAUGUACAAAACGAAGCUUCCCUUCAUUCUCGUCUUCAACAAAACCGAUGUCCAGCCACACGAGUUUGCGCUCGAGUGGAUGCAAGAUUUCGAAGAGUUUCAGGCCGCAUUAGCGAGCCAUAGUGGGACACGCGAUUCCGAAGGCGAACCAACAUAUAUGAAUAGUCUGAUGAACAGCAUGAGUUUGGUUCUGGACGAAUUUUACAAACAUCUCAAAACUGUUGGGGUCUCCAGUAUGACGGGUGCCGGUAUCAAAGAGUUUUUCCAAGCGGUGGAUGCGUCAAGGACAGAAUAUGAGACAGAGUAUUUACCCGAGCUGGAGCGGGCUCGAGCUGCUCGGGAGCAAUCUUUGCGAGACAUUAAAGAGGACUCGAUGAACAGAAUGAUGAAGGACCUCGAGGUUGAUCGACAACGAAAUCCUCAGGCAUUUGCUCGCGAUCACUGGGAUGAAGAUGACAACGAGGACCCAGACGGUGAUGACAUCGACAUUAUUGACCGCAGUGAAGAACCUUACCCUGGCGAAUAUAUUGACUUGACGCGUCCCAGAGAAGAGAAUAUAAACUGGCCAAGACCAGUUUAG